AGAGAAACAAAGGUGGUAGAUGUGAGCCACCCUCUUUGUAUCCCUCGCCAACUUCUCCUACCAACUUCUUUUCCUCUCCCCUCGUCUCGCGGCCGCUGCCGCCUUGCCUUGGGCCGCCUUUUCCUACUGCCGCCGCCGGCCGGCCGAAGCCGCCGGUGGCAGUUCAAGUAUGGUUAGCUUGAGGAGACGUCGACUAUUGGGUCUUUGUUCUGGCAAAGAUUCAUUGCCAGUUGAUCUUCCUAAGCCUGUUGAGAAUGAAAAACAUGGGGAAGUUGAACAUGCAAAUGUCAAUCCGCUCAGUGUGCACCCACUGCCCUUGACCAGGACUUCUGACGUACUUCCAGAAUCCUCAAAUGGUUCCGACUCUCUUAAGGAAGAGAAAAACCAAUACUAUCCAGGUAAGGAGAUUAAGCGCAGAAAGCGACAUAGAAGAAAGCAGUAUGUGGACCAAGAGCCAUGCAUAAUGAGAGGGGUCUACUUCAAAAAUAUGAAAUGGCAAGCUGCUAUAAAAGUUGACAAGAAACAAAUUCACUUGGGUACUGUUGGAACACAGGAUGAGGCAGCCCGGCUAUAUGAUAGGGCUGCUUUUAUGUGUGGAAGAGAGCCCAAUUUUGAACUUUCUGAGGAAGAGAAAAACGAACUGGUUAAGUACACAUGGGACGAUUUCCUGGCAAUAACACGCAACACCAUAACCAGCAAAAAACAAAGAAAGGUUGGGUCGCGAAGGCAUAAUAAGGCAGACUUGUUCAUAGGAGAUACUGAGAUGGUCAAUGGUGGCGGGUCUUCGAACUCAGAUGAUGGAGAUGUUGACACAUCGGUAUCCUAGAUCGCCGCCAGGACAUGGACACCCAAAUGGAGUCCGUCCCACAGAUUCAUUCCG